AUGGAAUCUACCAAUGCUCUGAUCAACGACGACUCACUCGUGCCCACGUUCCAACCAGAUGCCCCAGGCCCGCUGAUUGUCAGCGGUUCAGCGGUAGAUAAGUGCUGGGUAACGCUGAUGGCAUUGAGGAGGGAAGAAGAGUUGCAGGAGACAAUGAGAUACCUGGAGAACACGUGGCAGGAGCUCACCGAAGUGAAGAGGCUGUUGGCGAUUGGAAUUUCUGAAGAGGCUGGUAGUGCAACAAACAGAUCAAGGCGAGAUGGCACAUUUGAAGCAGGGUUUGGGUUCGAUGCUUCAACAUCGCUUGGAAUUUCAGGUUCUUGUCAUCCGUGGAAAUACCUGAGUACCUGCCUGCGUCAGACUGUGCAGUUUCUGAAGAGGCUGGUAGUGCAACAAACAGAUCAAGGUUCAUGUCAUCUGUGGAAAUACCUGCAGGAGGAUCAGCUUGUCCAGGCAUUGAAUUUGUUGGAGGAUCACAUGAAGAUGUACAAAUUGGGCACAAGAACGGCCGCAGCUGUUUUCAUUUGCUUAACCCUUCAGCCCAACUGCAAGCACAAAGAUUGGGGGAACAGAGGGUUCAAACCAAAAGAGAUCCUUCGACAACUAACAACCUCUGUGGUCAUAUCUUCUGUGGCAGAGUUGAUGGACGAUCCACUUGUAGACACUCUAGACAUGGUCUAUGAGAAAUUUUGCUGGCCAGCGAAGAAGUUAUCGAGAGGGAGAGUUCUGGAGGGUAUGAAAUUUGCUUACGAGGAGAAGGAGACAGACAGUAUCACAUGGGGCUUACCACUGCCAUCCCCAUCCUCAUCAAUGAUGAUUGAGAUCCAUGAUGCUGCCUUUUCUCCCAUCCUUGUUGAGCACGUGCAGAUUGGAUUAGUAGAGACCGUGAAGGCUCAGGAGCGGGGGACAGGGGGGAGAGGUUGCCUUCCAGUUGUAGAUCUGGGCCAAUAA